UUUGGGGGAUGCCAGGAAGCAAGUGUAUUUUGGAAACAAUGCGGCGCGGCGGCGCCUGAGGCUGCAGCUUGGGGACUCCUCGCUCCGCCCGGGCUCGGCGCCCGCGUCCUCCCGCCCUGCCCUGCUUCAGGAGCAAUGGAUCCCCCCAGCUACCUGGAAGAGGACUAUUCCAGCCUGGACGGGCUGGACGAUGACGUGUUUCACUCUGACUUUGGACUCACAGGUCAGCCUGGUGAGAUGACCCCUCCUGGCAUUUUCACACAGAACCAAUCCUACAGCUGUCUCCUGGGGAGGUUUCAACUGUUCCCCCUCACACACUGCUGUGGUCCAGGUAUCAGGCAUGCUGAGCAGCAGGACAAGGCAACCCAAACACUCAGUCCAUCCUCUUCCACUCAGGAUGUCAUGUUGCCAUGUGGAGUCACUGAAGAGCCCCAGAGACUCUUCUAUGGGAAUGCUGGGUACCGUUUACAUGUCCCCCCAGUUGGCUUUGCAUUGAAUCCGCACCUCCAAGAGGAGCCUCGGGAAGGUCAACGGGAAGCACGUGCUGAGGUUCAGAUUGCACGGAAGUUACAGUGCAUUGCAGACCAGUUCCACAGGCUCCACAUACAGAGGGAAAGAAGUGUGUGCUGCUAUGGCACUGAGAGAGCCAUGUGACUGACUGCAGUGCAGGACAGGCACGGAGACUGACUGAGCCAGGAGAAUAGAAUUGAAUCGCGUGUCAGCCAAGCAUGUGGGAGAGUUAGUAAACAAAAGCAUCCGUCUGCACUACCAGCUCCUGCAGCCAGCCAAGGAGGAGCUCCUGUGUCUUUGUUUGAACUGGAAGGACAGUCAGUUGAAAAGGAGGGGGAGCUGUUCAACCAUUUAAAAAACAAAACCAAAAACAGGUGUGAAAAAUCUCAGCCAGUGGUUCUGCAGGACUUGACGUUGGGAUGGGUAUAGGCAUUUAGAACUGCUCAGAGAUUCUUUUUCUUGGGAGGGAGGUAGUACUGAGCCCUUGUGUUAAUGUGGAGCUGUACCUUAGGACACUAAAACUCUGUGGUCCAUCUGUGCCAAUGCAGUCUCUUCCCUACUGACCCUGCGUGGAGGACUUCCUUUGGCUGUUGGCACAAUCCACAAAAACAGUCCUGUGCUCUUCUGUGCCUGCUGUUUAAAGGGCAGUCAGUGCCUAGAGACACAUGAAUUAGCUUAUGAUGGGCUAUGGUUUGUCCUUUGGGGCAGCAGAAGGGGCAAUCUCUGAGAACAGGAAACCUGAGCUGCUAUUUACCUGUAAAGAUUCUUUUUUUCUAUUAAGCUAACCCCAAAACUGGGUGCCCCAUUUCAACAACUCAGAGUCUUGGUCACAGACCACGAUUCCAGGGUUAUAACAGGAAGCAUUUAGAAUAUCAUAGUCACCACCACACCUCCUGAACACCUGGAACAAAAAAUAGGACUAGCGGCCAAUGGGACAUUCCUCCAACAGAUAUGAAUGUCUGGUGGAUCCUGAGCUGGCAAAAUAUGUGCUAGUUGCUGCACUAGAAUGUAGGAAAAAUGUCCAGUGCUGGAGUUACUUGUCCUGUUAGCUGUUUGGCAUAUUCAGGCUUUUAUGCCUUAAUUUGAUGCAGUGAUAUAUUUAAAUAAAAUAAUUGCAUCUUCAUCCCCAGUACGGAGUUAGAACAAUGACGUAAUCUUAUGUAGCACUUCAUAGUUUUACUCUUCAAAGUGCUUAUGAAAUGUGGGCUACUAUAGAAAAUAUUGCCACAUGCAGGCUCUGCUACUUAGAAUUGCUAUGGUCAGUCCAUGCUUCUGCAGGACCCUUUUCAAACUAUGCACAAGGGGCCUUUAGUUCUCUCCUCACUCUUGCGUGCCCAUAGUGCCCUCCAUCUGUUUGAGGCUCAAUACCUUCUGGUAAUCUCCCCUCUUGCCCCCCAAGGGCCCCACCACGUAUCAAGAAGCCAGGAGGUGGAGCUAAAACACAACUUUCUGUGUGCGGGAGAGACAUUGGAGAACUCUCCUCUAGAUUUUUGUAGGUAGAUUGGACAUAAAUGGGAAAUGUGGGCUGUUGCUGUGAGUGGUAGGAUGGGUGCACACAUAUGCUGUGCAGCGUGUGUGAGCACCUAAGUCACUUAAACCUGAGUGUUACUUGCUGUGAUAACUCAAUGGAACACUUCAGCAAUUUCCCACUGAAAAGGCACUUACUGAACAGGCUGCAAUUUUGUGGGGGCCAGUUUUAUUCCAUCCCUCCCUCAUCCCUUAAAACCAACAUUGGCUACUGUGCACAACUGUAAGAUCAUGUCACAGAAGGUAAAAUUGUCUCUUUAAGAGUAAAGACCUAGUAGCCCAGGACGGUUCUGGGCUUUAAUCCAAGUGGAGCCACUGACUUGCUACAUGUCCUCAGAAAAGUUUCUUGACCUCUUUGUGCUCCAAUCAAGUCAGCUGGAAGAUUGGGUUAAAAAAAGCAGAACCUCAAUGAGAA